GGAAGCGAUUUCCUGACAAAAUGCCAAGGGUAAUUCUGGUAAAAUUCUGCUUCACAAAUUAGGUCGUGUGUUCCUCGUGUUUCGUAACUUUAUAUUAUGCACUUUUCAAGUACUACACAAGUUUAAAACAAACAAACAAACAAAAAAAACCAAAGCAGGAACAUACCUCAAGAGCCCUAAUACCCGCAGGCCACAGCCCGCAAGGCACUCUGGGUCAGCAGUCUCGUGGUCAAUCGCUCGUGGGGGCGGAGACUGUGGGUCUUCUAUACGCACGCGCAAAGCCCACCAGCCAAUCAGAGACGCCUUCGUGCCAGGCGGCUCUGGCUUUUUUCCCGCGGGAAUUCUGAGUUGCCUCAGAGGAGCGUCGCGCUGGCCAAGCGGACAGGAACCUCAGAAAACAUCUAAAUAUGGUGCCCUCUGGAAGAAAACAUACAGGGAAAUCUGGGAAGACAUCAAUGGAGGAUCAGGUUGUAAGAGCCUAUGACUUUGAGAAGGAAGAUAAAAAAGAUCUGAGUGGUUCAGAGGAGGAUGUUACCGAAGGGAAGACUCCAGUAAUUGAGAAGCAUGGGAAGAAAAGGACUUCUGCAGGAGUGUUUGAAGAUAUGGGGGGUGAAGUACAAAAUAUGCUGGAAAGAUUUGGAGCUGACAUUAACAAGGCUCUUCUUGCCAAGAGAAAAAGACUAGAAUUAUAUACCAAAGCGUCUCUCAAAACUAGUAACCAGAAAAUUGAACAUGUUUGGAAAACCCAGCAAGAGCAAAGGCAGAAGCUUAACCAAGAAUAUUCUCAGCAAUUUCUGACUUUGUUUCAGCAGUGGGAUAUAGAUGUGCAGAAAGCUGAGGAACAAGAAGAAAAACUAGCUAACAUGUUCCGACAGCAACAAAAGGUUUUUCAACAAUCUAGAAUUGUUCAGAGCCAGAGACUGAAAACAAUUAGACAGUUAUAUGAGCAGUUCAUAAAGAGUAUGGAGGACUUGGAGAAGAAUCACGAUAGUCUACUUACUGGUGCACAAAAUGAACUUAGAAAAGAAAUGGCUAUGUUGCAAAAAAAAAUUAUGAUGGAAACUCAGCAGCAAGAGAUGGCAAGUGUUCGAAAGUCUCUUCAGUCCAUGUUAUUCUGAUGACUCUUUGAAGGAAGAACUUGAACCUAAGUAAUAUGAUACAAUUACAACAUUAGCUAAGAGGCAUGUAAUUCUUUUAGAGUGGUUUAAAAAUUCUAGUUUAAAACAAUACGAAGUGUUAAUUGUUAGCUUAAGUGCAAGACCCUUCCUUCUGUUAACCUUCAGAUAAAGCUGAACAGUUAUGUGAGUCCAGAUCUUUAAUAGUAAUAGUGAAUUUUUCUCUUUAACACUUGUUAAUUAACUUUUAGCA